AUGUCAGACAUGUCCGAAGCGGAAGAGAACGUUUCUGUACCUACUGACAAUGAUCUGCCCCAAGAAAACCCUCAACCAGCACACUUAGAACGCAAUGAAACAAGUACCGAAACAAGUUCUACAAGCAAAACACGUAGUGGACGGUUAGUUAAAAAACCUGACAGGCUAGGUAUAGACACAUGCAUAAGUGAACGCGGUAUAUAUACGGUAUAUUUAUAAAGAAAAAACUUUCAGAGAAGAGGAGAUGUUGGACAUUUACUGUUGACAUUAAUAUUUUAGUUAUAUUUGCUCGGACAGGGAAAACUGGGAACGAACGAAAAGGGCGCGAAAUAGUUGUAGGACACGGGAUUUUAGAGAUAUAGUAUAUAUACAUGUUAGGAGUUUAUAUUAUGCGAAUUAUACUAUAAGAAAUAAAACUAUCAAAAGUUAAUGAAAGUGAGAAGCAAAUAACAAUAUCAUUCAUCGUGUUGCAGAAAGAAUCAAAGCAAAGAAAAUUAAAAAACUCUCUCUUGACGUGACAACUAUGGAAAAUGUCGAGAAAACGUACAACACGUGGCAAUACGAGUUUCCAAUCAACACAAGUGCUGGAAAGAAAGUCACUAUUACGGCUUUGGCCUGGAGCGAAUUACUGGACAAGUAA